AUGGGGUUCGAAGGGAAGUGUGUUUGUUCGAAACACAGCAUGUGGCAUCAUGGUGAUAUUUCAGCGGCUAGUUUGUGGAUUGCUAGUCCAGAAGAGCUUGAAUUUUGUGGUGUGGAUACAUCGAAAAACAAAACCAGAAAGAGAAAGAUUUGCCUUCCAUGUUGAGAAAGAAUUGCUCUUGAACUCAAGUGCCGGAGAUAUGAGGUGAGCUUAUGUUUACAAGCGUCAAAUUUGCCGACUGAUUCUUAAUGUGUGAUUUUCCUUUUGCACUACUGUGCCUCUCAUAAUUUUCUUUUAUUGUGAUACAAUAGCCAUCGAAUAUACCUUAGAAUAAUUUUCAUCUCCUUCUUUUCUCCAGGAGGUAAAUUUCAACCAGCUAGUGCCGUCUUCGGUGCCAACGCUUGAAGAAACGCUCAGGUGUCACGAAGAAAAUGUCUCAAGUUCAGUGGAAUCAGUGGAAUAUCCUGAUCCAGUUGACAUUGAAAGCAUGGAGAAUUGCCUGUUGUCGUCAAAUGCCAUCGAGACCUCAUCGAAAAGUGUUCAAGUGCCGGAAAUUCAGCGCCGGCCAUACAAAGAAGCUGAGUUAAGAACCCAACAGACUAUGAGAAGCAAGACCAUCGAUAGCUUGACAUCACUGGCUGAUAAAUAUGUCCACUUCAAUGAAAGUGAUGUUCCCAUGUUUAUUUGUGAUCUGGUUAGAUCUGGAAAGUGGCAGGCUUCAUUUGGAACUGAAUCUGCUGCUUCCAACAGUGCUAUGUCACACGGUGAAAACUCAUUUCUCUCCAGACUCACAGCAGAGUAUAAAGCUUGCAAGGACAAAGAGGCAAACAAAGCCAUCAGAAAGAAUGCUACUAGCCAAAAACAAAAGGUUUUCAUCGGGGACACUUUAAGGAAAAGCAAAAUUUCUCUCAAUGGAAACACCAGAAAUUUUCAGCUCUCGUGUUGA